CAUCUCUUCUUUUCUCCCACACGCCUUCUCCAUCACCGAACCUUUUACUCUUCAGCAGAAAGGACACUCUCGACCUCAAGUAACGAAACCAAGAAAAAAAAUCGAGCAGUAACUUCACCAUAAACCAUGUCUGCAGCAACAAGAAUCACCAGGGUGCGCGCGCUUCUUGCGCACCAGCCGACGCGUACAACCUUCAACCCCGUCUCCAUGCGCGCCCCUAUCCACCACCAUCUCGGUCGCGCCGCUGCCGUCACCACGGCUCGUGCCCAUGCUCAGGAUCAAUGGAGACCAUGGUUGAUUGCCAGUGUAGCGACCGCUGGAGUCGUUUCCUGGCAACUCGGACACUCGCACGUUGAGGCCGAGAGCCCUACUAAACUUAACACCGUCAUCGACCCGGAUUCCAAGUCCGAGUUCCCUCUGUACAUCCGCUCCGAGGACGGAUCUCCAGCUCGCUUGCUCGGUCUGGGUGUGCGCAAGAUCACCUUCUUGAAGGUCCAGGUCUACACUGUGGGACUUUACGCCAAGGAAUCGGAUCUCGAUGACCACAACAGCCGAUUCCGUGCUCUGCCGGAGGUCCAAAAAUUCCAGCGCACGGAUCACAUGAGCGCCGAUACGGCUUUCAGGGCCAUGGUCCAGACUCCAAUCGAGUUGAUCCUGAGAAUCGCGCCCGUCAAGAACACCAAUGGCCCGCAUCUUCGUGAUGGAUUCACGAAGAGUUUGAUGCAGGCUGUUAAGGAACAAAAGCUGAGCGAGCCCGAUAAUGAGGAGGCUAUGGAGGGUAUCAUGGAAUUCAAGAACUUGUUCCCCAAGGGCAAGAUCAACACAAACCAGGCCCUGGUCUUCCGCAAGUCGCCCGACGGCUCCAUGAAGGUGCAAUUGGAUAACGAGGACCUCGGAACCAUUCGCAACCGCUGGGUAAUCGAGAACUUCUUCCUCGGCUACCUCCAGAGCGACAACCCUAUCAGCGAGAAGGCCCGCGACAGCAUUGCAGAGGGGAUCCAGAACCUCUUGCUUCAGUAAAAACAGGACGCCAGUCGUAACCACCAGACAAACUGGAGUGAACCAUGUUGUUAGAAUCAUCAACCUCACCACCCUUACUUUCGGGAACCACCACAUGUACAGAUGGUUGUAACUGUAAUCACACACUCAGUAAAAUAUCAAAGAGCAU